AUGGCACCCUCGGCGAUUGAGGCUGACGAUUCGGUGAAUACCAAAGGGCCGAUUCGUGAGCCCCUUAAGCUCUCUGGAGCACUGAAUGGCUAUGAGUACUUCGAUGUCACACCCGUCAUCGGUCGAGAAUAUCCUACUGCCAAUCUGGUUGAGUGGCUUAACUCCCCGAACUCGGAUGACCUCCUUCGAGACCUCGCCAUUACCAUCUCUCAACGGGGCGUCGUGUUUUUCCGGGCGCAGGAUAACCUUACAAACGAGCUCCAGAAGAAGCUCAUCUUGCGACUCGGAGAGCUAACUGGCCGCCCAGAAACUUCGGGUCUCCAUAUUCACCCCAUACUCAACUCAGAACGGGAACUUGGUGGCGAUGACCUUGAGAUCAGCACCAUUAGUUCGGUCCAGAACAAGAAGUUCUACUCUACAGCGACCCGUGACGCGACUUUGAACCCCAAGAAGCAGAGCACUGCUCAAUGGCAUAGCGACAUUGCCUUUGAGCCCGUGCCAGCUGAUUACACGUCUCUCCGUCUUGUUCAACUGCCCACCACAGGAGGCGACACAUUGUGGGCCUCUGGCUACGAGCUGUACGAUCGCCUCAGUGAGCCGUAUCAGAGAUUCCUCGAGACUCUCACAGCCACCUUCGAGCAGCCAGUCUUCCGAGAUAUCGCCGAACGUUCCGGGUUCCAAUUGUAUGACAAACCGCGUGGUGCACCAGAGAAUGUUGGCAGCGAGCUUAAGGCCGUCCAUCCAGUUGUGCGCACCAAUCCUGUCACCGGCUGGAAGAGCAUCUUUCCUGUGGGGGGUCAUGUCAAGCACAUCAACGGGUUGACGGAAGAAGAAAGCAGGAGAUUGCUAGACUGGUUCCUAGAACUAGUCUAUAAGAACCAUGACCUGCAAGUCAGGUUCAAAUGGCAGAAUAAGAAUGAUAUUGCUGACAAGCUUGCAGCCAUUUGGGACAACAGAUCUGUCUUCCACACAGCGACCUUUGACUACCUGGACGGCAGCUACGGCGAACGUUUUGGAAACCGAGUCGUUGGUCUCGGCGAGAAGCCUUAUCUUGACCCCAAUAGCACAUCGCGGCGUGCUGCUCUGGCCAAGGUUUAG